AUGUCAGCACCACCAUGGAAGGAGGCAGCCAGCCUCAUCGUAGUUAGCUGUGCACGAUUGCGAGAUAUAGUGGGAAAAGACUUGGCAACAGCUACGAUGGCCACCGUGUGGAACAGCCAGGCUGAGCGUGUAUCACGCUGCGACUACCGUGUGCUGGUGGUGAAGCGUUCAAGCCUGAGCUCGUUCAUAGCCAACUUUUAUGUGUACCCAGGUGGCCUCUGUGAGCCAUUUGACUUCCCAUUUGAUUGGUGGGAGGUGUUUGCAGCUGUGGGUGCCACAAAAAACAUUUCUCAGGGAUGUGACUUUGCUUACCUAAUCUCUGCCAUUCGGGAGACUUUCGAAGAAACUGGAGUCCUGUUGCUGACGCAAGCUGCUCCCGCUCUCGGUGAAGCUAUUCUUGUGGAUUCAAUAAGUGAAGGCAUAUACAUAACACUAUCACGUCAGCGUUUGAGAGAGGAUCCUGUGAACCUGUCGCGCAUGUGCCGGGAAAAUCGUCUCUGUCGUAAUGUCAGGGCCCUGCAUGAGUGUUGGGACUGGUCGACACCAAUCUCGGUGGGUCACCGGCGUUAUGACACCAGCCGCGGCAAAGCAGCAGACGCCCGCCGAUUUGCCGCGGCUUCAAUCGCAGGAAAAGCCCACAUCAACAACGUUGUCGAUUGA